AUGGUGACGACGGCGUCGCCGGACACGUACCACCGCGUGAUCGAGUACGGGCUGCGGAAAACGUCGCUGCGGUUCGACCGGCUGCUGCUGCAGGCGUUCAUGGCGGGCGUGUACAUCGGCCUGGCGGGACAGGCGUGCAACGUGUUCGCGGGAGGCACGCCGACGGGCGCGGGAGACGCGCGGGCAGUGUCGAAGUCGGUGCAGAAGUUCAUGUACGCGGCGAUCUUCCCCACAGCGUUCAUCGCCAUCAUCUUCACGGGCGCGGAGCUGUUCACGGGGAACACCAUGACGAUGCUGAUCUGCCUGAUCGAGCGGCGCAUCACCUUCCUGCACCUGCUGAUCAACUGGGUGGGGUCCUUCCUGGGCAACUGGCUGGGCGCGCUCUUCGCCGCCUACUUCCUGUCCUUCCUGCCCGGCGGCUACGACCAGGAGCCCCUCCGCAGCUACAUGUGCCACCUGCAGCAGGCCAAGCUGGGCUACGGCUUCGGCAGCUGCUUCCUCCGCGGCGUCGGCUGCAACGCGCUCGUCUGCCUCGCCGUCUGGAACGUCACGGGCUGCGACGACCCCGCCAGCAAGGUCCUCGCGCUCUCACGCUCAUGA